CUUCUCGCGGCUCAACGACGACGCUGUCUUCUUGGUCUUGCUUGUGGGCUCGUGGCCUCGCCGUUGCCGGUUUCUGUUGGUUUCUUUGGAGCGGCAUGGGCAACUACCUCUCGUGCACGCUGGCCAAGGUGCCCGGCGGGAAGGGGGCGAGGGUCAUACUGCCGGACGGCGGCGUGCGGCAGGUGGCGCUGCCGGCGACGGCGGCCGAGCUGAUGAUGGACGCGCCGGGGCACUUCCUGGCGGACGCGCGCGCGGCGCGCGUCGGGGUGCGGCUCGCCGCGCUGUCGGCCGACGAGGACCUCGAGCUCGGCGCCGUCUACGCCACGUUCCCGAUGAAGCGCCUCGGCACGCCGCUCGCCGCCGCGGACAUGGCGCGCCUGGCGGCCGCGGCCACUAGAGAGGCCCGGCGCUCCGCGAAGGUGGCCGCGGCGGUCGUGACGCCGCCACAGGCGACGGCGGCAGCUGCCGUCGUCGUGGCGGAGGACGCGCCGAGGCUGCGGCUCGAUGAGCUGGUCGACGACGAGGCGGUCGCCGCCGACAUGAACGUGUUCAAGCACCGGCUGAGCAGCGCGCGGUCACGAAGGCCGACAUUGGAGACCAUCGAAGAAGAGAACUACAUAUCAAGAAACUAAAAUUAAUACAGAUAGUAGCUCUUUUUUUUUUCUCUUUUAUAUGUGAUAUUCUUUCUAUUAUCUUUUCUGAGAUCUGAAUUAGAAAAGAUAUGUAAUGAGAAGGAGAAACAUGUACAGUGAAUUUUUGUGAAGAAAUCAAGAACAAUAGAUCAGGAUUGUCAUCUGUUGAGUUGUCUCGUCGCUGAAAAACGCGUAAAUAAAACCAGAUGAAAAUGAUUUCAGUUUUCACUCAAUCAUGUAAGCAACUGUAAUUAAUGAACUCUAUCCAAAAUGACUUAAAAAGGAU